UGACCCGGCGCGGCCGUGACGCCAAAGCCCAGACGGAAGUGCGGGCGGAGGAGCCGGAGCCGGAGCCCGAGACUGAACCCCAGCCGGGAGCAGGUCUCGGGGGGCGGGCUCCGGGCUGUGGGAACUGCUGGGCCUGGCAGCGAUGGCGACUCUGUGGGGAGGCUUUCUACGGCUUGGCUCCUUGCUCAGCCUUUCCUGCCUGGCGCUCUCAGUGCUGCUGCUGGUGCAGCUGUCAGACGCCGCCAAGAACUUCGAGGAUGUCCGAUGUAAAUGUAUCUGUCCUCCCUAUAAAGAUAAUUCUGGGCAUAUUUAUAAUAAGAACAUAUCCCAAAAAGAUUGCGAUUGUCUUCAUGUUGUGGAUCCCAUGCCCGUGCGCGGGCCUGAUGUAGAAGCAUACUGUCUACGCUGUGAAUGCAAGUACGAGGAAAGAAGCUCUGUUACGAUCAAGGUUACCAUUAUAAUUUAUCUCUCCAUUUUGGGCCUUCUACUUCUGUACAUGGUAUAUCUUACCCUUGUUGAGCCCAUACUGAAGAGACGCCUGUUUGGACACUCACAAUUGAUACAGAGCGAUGAUGAUGUUGGGGAUCACCAGCCUUUUGCAAAUGCCCACGAUGUGCUAGCCCGCUCCCGCAGUCGAGCCAAUGUGCUGAAUAAGGUAGAGUAUGCCCAGCAGCGCUGGAAGCUUCAAGUUCAAGAGCAGCGAAAAUCCGUCUUUGACCGUCAUGUUGUCCUCAGCUAAUUGGAAAUCAUACUGCAGGUGAUUAGAAAGAAAUAAGGCAGACAACUGAAAAAAAAUUGACUGAGUAUUCCUGGGUUUUGUUUUAAUACCCUGUUGAUUUCACCAACUCUUGCUGGGAAAUUCAGCAUUGGAAACAAAAAUGUGCUUGGUAUUUUCUUUUCUUGUUAAGGUAUUAAUACAGACAUUUUUAAAAGCACACACCUCAAAGUCAACCAAUAAACCUUUUUCCUAUUUGUGACUUUUACUAAUAAAAAAUAAGUCUGCCUGUAAAUUAUCUUGAAGUCCUUUACCUGGAACAAACACUGUCUUUUUCACCACACAGUUUUAACUUGGUUUUCAAGAUAAUUUUCAGGUAUUGUUGUUUUGUUUUGUUCUGUUUUGUUUUUCUGGCAGGGGCGGGGAGGGAUGUGUGGGAAGUGGUUAGCUUAACUUUUCUCAAGUCACUUUACUAAACACACUUUUGUAAAUAGACUUAACAUUCUAUUUUCAAGCUUCAUUUAUAUUUUGCAGUGUAGCCAGCCUCAUCAAAGCCCUGAAUUACCCAUUUGAAUUUUGCACUGACUAUAUUAUCUAGGUAUCUGGUUCGCCUGUGGCUGCACUUCAUGGUAAAAUGGAUCUGAAAUACCUGGUGGCUCUUCAUAAAAUGCAGAUUUUCCUCAUGUACUGUGAUGUCCGAUGCAAUGCAUCCUAGGACAAACUAGCAAUUUGCUAGUUUAAUGACUAAACAUAGUCUGGUGUGUGUGGUCUUUCUCAUCUUCUUCUAGUAUCUUUAAGAAUGAAUCCUAAGAACUUGGACACUUGCAAUAAAGGAAUUUUCUUUUACCCCAAGCCUCUCUGGAUUGGUGACAUACACACCUUUGUCAACAUUUCCUGUCAGGUGGAGAGGCAGCUGUUUGAGCUCUAGUGUGUUCUGGGGUUCUGGGGGCCUCCUUCUGAAAUGUGUAACAGUUAUUGGAUAACUGGCUUUUUUCUUUGGACAUCCUCUUUGGAAUGUAACAAUAAAAAUAAUUUUUGAAACACUUA